CCAAAACAGUAUAAAAGCCUUCGUUGUUCUACAGUCCUCCAUCAGCUUCAUCGCUUGCCUUCUCUUGCUUUCCACUCAUCUGAGUAACUGACUCACCUCUAUCUCUCAACACCAUGGCCAACUGUGGAACUGCCUCUGCUGUCCCAUCCUUUGAAGCCACUCCAACCGUUGCCUUUGGAUCCGGAGGCUCCAGAGGACUUGGCAGAAGUCUUGACUGUGGCUAUGGAUAUGGCUCUGGCUUCGGCUAUGGCUCUGGUUUAGGUUCUGGCUAUAGUCUAGGGGGCAUCAUUGCAGAUGCAGCCAGUCUGGGAGUCCUUUCUGGAGUGCAGCCAUCUGGCAUCAACCAGCUGCCCCCAUCAGAGGUUGUGGUCAAAUCACCCCCAUUUGUGCUCACCGUCCCAGGCCCCAUCAUCGCUGCCACCCCCGAGCCUAUUGAAGUUGGCGGGUAUGCCCCAUGUGCCGUGAAUGGAGUUGGCAUUGGUGGAUUCGGUAGUGGAUAUUAUGGUGGGCGAUAUGGUGGAUUAGGUAGUGGAUAUAAUGGUAGGCGAUUUGGUGGGUUCCUUGGGAAUGCUGGAGUCCUGGGACGGAGAGUCAACCUUGGUGGGUCCUGCUUGUAA